UAUAAAUAUAAAGCAAAAUGUAAAUAAAAAUAGAGCGACAGGCAGAUCUUAUUUACAAAAAGUUCUGGAAUUGGCGGUGCGUCGUACAAAUAUGCGUAAUACCUAUUAAAAAGAUACGUUAUAUUCUCAUUCGAUCAUCAAAAUAGGCUGGCGUAAUUUUGGACCUGUUGAUCGUGUUGUCAAGCGAAUAUUUCGAAAACGGGGAAUCCCAGGUUGACUGUCGAGAUCGCCGAUCAUUUGUGCUUUUCGGCAUUCUGUGCAAGCCAACGAAGCCGUCAUGUCCGAGGAAGAGUCGUUCGUCAUUCUGGGCAGCUCACCUCUACCCUCCCUUCUUUUCGAUGGAAUGGAGCAUGGCGAGGAGGUGAUCGAAUCAGCCGCAAUGCUUCAAUCCUCCAGUGAUCACCCCAUCAGCUCUAGUACCUCUGAACCACAGAGAUCCUUGGAGACCGGAGGUGCUCCUCAGUCCCUGGCAGCCAGUUUCAUCAUGGGCGAAGUUGGCUCCGAUGUCCUCAAGAACAGUGUCUAUUCGCAGUUUCCCAGCCUAUGCUCGCUGCAAGCUUCAGCUGAGGAUGUCGUGAAGCUACAGAACCUGCUGAGUGAAUACCAUGCUUUAAAAAGCACUUUGGACAAGUUAAGCUGCACAAUGUUAAACUACCACAAACUAACACAGCAGAGGCGUCAGGAAGCCGCUAAAAGGGAGCAACACUACAGAGAUCAACUACUCGAGUGCCAGAAGAAGGUGGAGAAGUUGAGCCAAGAAAACCAGCAGCUUAGGGAGGAGCUCGAGACCAAAAUGGAACAGAUUGAACUGGUGCAAAGUCUGAACCAAAAAGAACAGGACGAGCUGCGUCAAAGCGCUUCGGAGAAGAUGUCCCUAAUUAACAACAUGCGAGUGGAAAUCGACAAGCUGCAACAGCUAAAGAUGCACUCGUUCGAAUUUGUACCUGAUGACGGAGCCACUGCGGCGAAGGAAAGCGAGGGCACGGCUUUAAAUUAUGUGCAAAGGGAAGAACACGAUCGGCAGGUGCGGGAGCUAAAACAACAACUAUCCCAAUUGCUGGCUGAGAACCUAGAAAUCAAGGAUAUGAAAAAAACCUAUGUGGAGAAGAUUGAUUGCUUGAAAGUAAACUUGACCAGUGCACAAGAGCUAAUGGACAAAAUGCAGCGAGACAUAAGCGAGCUAAAAGCCAAAGACGCGCAGAAGCAGGAAGUCAUUGAACAUCUGCAGACACAGAACGACAUCUAUCGCAAGGAUUUCGAGAUGGAGCGUGCUGACCGUGAAAAGAAUGCUGGCGAGAAGGAUCAGUAUUUGUUGGACCUGAAGGCACUACAGAGGCGGAACCAGGAGCUCAUCGAAGCACUUGCCGAGUCGCAUAAGAGCAGUAGUAUCAAGUCCUCGCCAGCCUCAUCCCUAAGCUCCAGUCGACACAGUCUACGGGAGGACCAAAGACCAGUUAGAGUCCUGGACCCCACUGCAGCCGCUGCAUCAACAGCUGAAAGUAUCUUGCGCUGUCCCAUCUGCUCCAAGACCUUUAAAAACCUGAGCGUGUUGCAAAGUCACGUAAAUGAUUGCUUGGACAAGAACUAAUGACAAAUAGGAAGGAGUUAAUAAUUGAAAAUAUAUAUUUCAUUUAUAAGAUUUAUUUUUUUCUAUUGCUAUUACAAAAUACCACACUAUGAUACAAUUACAAAUAACAUUAAACAGAUAAGUGUAGAA